AUGUUGAGGCAAAUAACCCGUUUUUCCAACAUUCGUUUAACAGCACUACUAAACUCAAGGUCAACGGUAUGUUCUCUCCACAAAUCAACCAGAACCCAGCAAGAGAGCAUUGACACUCAAACAUCAUCUACACUGAUACUGAAUGGCCAUAUUGCAUCUUCAAACGAGUACACGUCAAAUCUAUUCAUUCAUAGAUUGCCAGAGUCUACGGCAGAGCAGUCUCCUUUACUAGUGACUUUACACAAUAGACUAAAUUUGAGUUCCAAAUUCAAACUAAACACUUUAUCACAAUGUCUCAACAUGCUUCCAACAUCAAAGAGUGACGGAUUGGCUAAUAACUUUGGGUUGAACACAAUCGGUAAAACAUUAUUAAGUUAUUAUGUCACUGAGUACUUAUUGAUUUACUAUCCAAGAUUGCCAAUGUCGAUACAUAAUGCUGCAGUGGACUCAUUGAUGGGUAUUGAAUCGUUGCUGAGUAUGGGCAGGAGUUGGGGUAUUGAAGUUGAUGAAAUAUCGAAAUUGGAUCGUUUUUUGGGUCAAGAGUCUGAGUUUUUGAAAUAUGGACGGUUGAGAUACAUGGAUGAUGAAAAGAAAGAUAAUAAAAUCAGAAUUUCAGGAAUUGAAGAAGUGGCUGGUCUGAGUCCACGACAACAAAAUUGGAAACAAGAAGAUAUCGCAUAUGCCUCAGCAGUGAGGUCGAUAAUAGGUGGUAUAUAUACACACUGCAAUGAGGAGGCGGCAAAAGAGUUUAUCAAGGAUCAUAUUUUAUCGAGAAAAAUUCCAUUAACGGAAAUGUUUGAGUUUAGUCAACCGGUUGCUGAGUUGGUUAGACUAUGUGAUAAAUUGGAGUUGAAAGAACCAUUAUCAAUAAGAUUGAUUGCUGAAACUGGUAGGUUAUCGGCGCAUCCACAAUUCCUUGCCGGUGUAUUUGUUGGAAAUGAGAAGUUGGGUGAAGGUAUUGGGUCAAGUAUAACAGAGGCACAAAUCAGAGCAAGUAUCAAUAGUUUAUUGGCAUAUUAUUUGUACUCGCCAAUCACUUCUGAGGGUGAUCAAGUCAAAGUACCAAGUGACAAGGAUUACAAGUUUGAGGGAAUAAUUGGCAGUGGUGAUGUUGCCAUUUAG